AUGCCAUCUCUAGCUCCCCAGCAAUGCAUACAAACUGCCGAGAAUUCCGACAUCACAUACCCCCAGUGUUAUUCCUCUGAUUCUCUGGCACCGCUCGAGUCACGGCAAACCUGCCUAGACAUACCUCUAACAACAUCCUGUGGCCGGCAGCUAUGCUUUUUGAACUCAUACUGCGAAUCACCUGAAGAUUCUCUAUGUAUCGAGCGAGUGGAUAACGGCCUGGGAGGAUAUGGAUGGGUCGUGGUUAAUUAUGCUGUAAACGAGACUCUGACGCCUGGGUUCUGUCGCAUUUGGAAUCAAGCCUUGCAGUGCAACGCAACAGACUGUCUACUUCCAUCUCUAGUGGCUUUAGAACUCAAUUCUAUACCAAACGUUGGUGGGAGUACUAGUUCGAAUCCUCAACCGGCGUAUACAGUCCCAAUAACACAGACAACACCAAAUCCAUCGUCAGAUACUCAAUCACAGUCACAGCCACCAGGCCUAACGCAAUUCCUCCUAUAUCUGGUUGUACCAUUACUAGUACUAGCUCUCAUUAUACCAUGCGCACUGCUCCGCUUCCGCCAAUGGAUAAUCCGUAAACGAACCAUAAUAACCACAACACAACCCUUUGAAGUAGUCUUCUCAGCACCACGAAGCCCAAACUCGAAUGGAUUUACAUCAUCAGCAUCACCAUCAUCAUUAAGCAGGACGCCAUUUAAUCAUAUGCCACCACCGUCACCGUCGACAUCAUCGUUUUAUGGAUCACUAGAAAGUCCAGGAUGUGAAGCAUUUGCGGUGCCAGUGUCACCUAUAACGGUACAUGAGAAACGAAAGUCGACAAUGCUGAAACGGAUUUCGUCGUUGGCGCUUAUGAAGGGGCCCGAUACGAUAGAGGAGCAUACGACGGUGCUGCAUGUACCAAAGGAGAUUGAGACAUGUGUAGAGAAUGAAGCGGUAGUGGUCUGCGGGACGCCCCCAACGUAUGAACAAAGUCUAGCGGAUACUCGUCAUGAAAACAGAACGGCUCAUAGGAGUCGUUUCUUCCGUAUUGAUGAAGCAUGA